GCUCCGACACUGUCUGCCACAAUGCCCCCGCCUCUUGCUACCACCAUUAAACGAAUCCAUCGCGAGAUUGCUGAUCUCAGGAAGGAAGACCUUGGUGCCAUCAAACUUGCUCCCUCGUCCGACAGUCUAUUCAACUGGAAGGCCACCAUUCCGGGGCCAGAGGGCAGUUGCUAUGAAGGGGGAGUUUUUGAGGUGGACAUCAACCUGGCACCCGACUAUCCAUUCUCAGCGCCUAGAAUGACUUUCCGAACUCGAAUAUAUCAUAUGAACAUAUCCGAUAGAGGAGGUAUCUGUAUUGACAUUCUCAAGCAUAAUUGGUCUCCCGCACUAUCACUUUAUAAGGUCAUUUUGUCCUUAUCAUCACUUCUCACAGACCCCAACCCUAAGGACCCUCUAGUUCCUUCGAUAGCCACCGAGUACGUUCGGAAUCGGGCCCAGCAUGAUCGAACUGCUCGGCAUUGGACGCAACUUUACGCCAAGCCACGACCACCAACACCUCCACCAAUAGCAGCCCACUCACCCUCCCCUGCUCCUUCCAUUCCCAGCUCGAGUUCCCGUGCGAAGGGCAAAUCAAGAGCGUCUCCCGCUACAAGGUCUCCAUUUCCCUCAGGGACAAGAUCAACCGCAUCCAACACCUCUACUCCUAUCGUUAUCGAUGAUUCUGAUGAUGAGCGUUCGGUGUCAAGACCGCAGAAUCGAAAGCGAAAACGAGAAGGAAGUGAGAAUGGUGUUGUGGAUCUCAUCGAACAGGAAUUUGUUGAGCGAAGUAGACGGAGACGGACUGGUGAAGGUGUUGGUCCAGGCAAUUGCAAGUCAUUUUACAGUGCAAUUGCCUUUAGAACGUUGUUUCCUUGAGCUAUUCACAUGUGUCGGAUGACCAUUGUUGAUCGCAUAAGACACGUUGCAUUUGUAUAUACGACGCAAGCCUGAACAGUAGUAUAGCGAUUUAUAAUCCCGUUUCACCUC